AUGGCAUCUGACAUCCACAUGCCGGAGCCUGUCUGCCUCAUUGAGAACACCCAGACGAAGGGGCUGGUGGUCCGUCAGGAAGCCCUGCAGGUGCUGUCAGAGAUCACCCAGCCGGUGGUGGUGGUGGCCAUCACAGGGCUGUACCGCACGGGCAAGUCCUACCUCAUGAACAGGCUGGCUGGUGAGAGGAAAGGUUUCUCCCUGGGCUCCGGCGUGCAGUCCCACACCAAAGGUAUCUGGAUGUGGUGUGUACCUCACCCCUGCCAGCCUGGACACACUCUGGUGCUGCUGGACACCGAAGGACUGGGUGAUGUGGAGAAGGGCGACAGCAAGAACGACGCCUGGAUCUUUGUGCUGGCCGUCCUGCUCUCCAGCACCCUGAUCUACAACAGCAAAGGCACCAUUGACCAGCAAGCCAUGGACCAGCUGCACUACGCGAUGAAGCUGGCUGGGCAUGUCAAGUUGAAAGCAGCACCCAAGGCGAGUGAAGAUGAACCGGAGGAUUCAGAAAAAAUUGUCCUCUUCCUCCCGACUUUCAUCUGGGCUGUCCGGGAUUUCACCCUGCAGCUGGAGCUGGAUGGGGAGGAAAUCUCUGAGGACAAAUACUUGGAGAACGCACUGAAGUUAAAGGCUGGCAGCAGCCCGGAGACCCAACGCUACAACCAGCCCCGGGAAUGCAUCCACCAGUUCUUUCCGCAUCGCAAGUGCUUUGUUUUUGACCAGCCGGCCAGAAAGGGGGACCUGGUCCGCUUGGAGGAGCUUGAGGAUGAUGAGAUCGAUCCUGACUUCCAGCAGCAGGUGGAGAAAUUCUGCAGCCACGUCUGGGAAACGUCUCCACUUAAGACCAUCCCCGGUGGCCACAUCAUAACAGGGAACUUGCUGGGGAAACUGGCAGCGACCUACGUGGAGACCAUCCGGAGCGGGGCAGUGCCGUGCCUGGAGAGCGCAGUGCUCGCCCUGGCAAAGAUUGAGAACGCAGCGGCAGUGAAAGAGGCCGUGGCGUUGUACCAGCAUCUGAUGGAGCAGCGGGCGAAGCUGCCGACGGAGACUGCUGAGGAGCUGCUGGAGCUGCACGCCCAGUGUGAGCGGGAGACACUGGACCUGUUCACGGCACGGGCAUUCGAGGAUGGCAUCUCCCAGUUCCGGGAAGAUCUCAUGCGCCAGGUAGAGGCGAUCAAGGUGAAGUUCCGCAAGGACAACGAGCAGGCAUCCCGUGACGAGUGCCAGGCUGCUCUCAAGAAGCUCUUCCAAGGCAUGAAGGAACGAAUCAGUGGUGGUGUCUACAUUGCGUCAGGGGGUUACCAGCUGUUCAAAGAAGACCAGCAGGCACUGGUGGAGAAGUAUCAGCAGCUGCCUGGCAAGGGGGUGAUGGCUGAUGCUGUCCUGCAGGAGUUCCUCCAAAGCACAGACCUUCUGGCCAAGUUCAUCCUCAAAAUAGACCACUUCCUGACCUGGAAGGAGAAGGAGAUGAAAAGUGAGCGAGACCGGCAUGAGAGAGCUGAGCAGGAGAGAGGGAACUGGUGCAACAACAAGAUUUUUCUAUCUAUAGCGUUAAAUGUGACAUUGGCCGUAUUAUUGCGUAAAAUCCCUGUACUACUAAA